AUCAUCUGUAGGGGUUGUUUUGGGGGCGGCAGAAUCCCAUAAUGACUGCAUUUAGGUGCAUUUCGCAAUCCCAAAUUACUUAGAGCCUGCUGGUCCUAGACUACCAUUCAUCCGAUCAGUAGCUUACCUGUAAAAUACAUACCUGGGAGGCGUGCGACUAAUAUGUAUCAUUUCUGCAGGCCUUGUAUGAUCGUAAUGCUAUGUGAUCCGCUUCGACUCUGUCAGCACCGGCAGUUAAAUCUCUAUACGUCUAACGCGCUUCACUGUACACAGCCUACCGUUAGCUAUUCCUCCUAUACUCGACCUAAUCUCUAUUCAUGUUUUCCAUAUUUCGAGAUGCUUCGUCAAGUACUACUCAUUCUCUCGCCCUAGAAUCUUCAAACAUUACCUCAACACACUUGCUUCACCGAGAUUCACGUUAAGAAAUUCGAAGCAAAGGAUGGCUCUGCUACUUCGAGUCCUAGCAGUAAUAGGCAUAGUCAUACUUGCAUGCCGUUUAUUCAGUCGGCUUCUUAUUCAACCCCAUGAUCCGCACGAGCCACCACUCAUACCGGCCAAAAUACCUUUUAUCGGGCACGCCAUUGGCUUGCUCCGCCAUGGUACUAGUUACUAUGCGAAGAUAGCGUUAGUUAGGAGACUCCAUACGUGCUUCAACUGUGUGGCUAAUAAAAACCUUCCAGGAAGGAAUAUAAGCUGUCAAUAUUCACGUUAAACCUUCCAGGCGGGAAGAUGUACAUAGUCGCAUCGCCUAGUCUAGUAGCAGCCUGUGACAGACGCGCCAAGGUCGUGUCCUUUGCGCCAUAUGUCGUUCAAUUCGGGAAGAGAGUUCUUGCGGCGAGCCGGCCUGCUGUAGAACUCUUAUCCGAAGAUAUACUUGGGGAGAAGGGAGCUUCGAAACUCCGCCUCGGGACCAUGCAAGCCAUGCACGAUACUCUGAAGCCUGGCAAGAGUUUGAAAGACAUAAGGCAGGCGACGCUAAAGGACUUGAUCAAGUUCCUAGGCCUAGGACUCGAGUCUGAGGACCGCAGAGAGGUCCCCUUAUUUGAUUGGACUCGCAGGUUCAUGACCGAAGCUGCCACCAAUGCUAUAUAUGGAUCCGAAAAGAAUCCAAUGAAAGACCCCGAGGUAUACAAUGGAUUUUGGUAUGAGCAACUCUUCUCCGCCAAUGAAGGUAUAUCGGAUAUUAACCUCAUUCUUUACAGGGCGGUAGAUAAGUCUUUAGCCCUGCUAGGCCUUAUGAUAAUGCCUGAUCUCAUUGCUCCCGAGGCAAGUCGAGGGAGGACCAGAUUCUUCAAUGCGUUCAAGGAAUAUUACGCCACAGGCGGGCUUGAAACAGCUUCUAGCCUUGUAAAAGAACGAUAUAAAGUCAAUUCUCACCACGCAGUCUCAGAUGAGGAUAUCGCACGUUUCGACCUAGGCCUCUGUACCGCGCUUCUCGUUAAUACGGCACCCAGUAUAUUCUGGACGUUGUGCCAUCUCUACUCUAAUAGCAUGCUCUUAGCCGAGAUAAGAGACGGCAUUGAAGCUGAAGUGUAUCGGCGGGGUAAGGGAGAGACAAUCGCAGUCAACAUUCCUGAUGUGAUGAAAGCGUUCCCACUUCUAGAGUCACUUGUAAGAGAAAUCCUCCGUGUUCAGAGUACCAACGCAUCGGCACGAUUCCUCCUCAAGGACACCGUUAUUAAUGACGAAGACGGCACGACGUACCUUCUCAAGAAAGACUCGUUCCUUGCUAUGCCAUCGCGGCUACUACAUAUAAGCGAGGCGGUUUGGGGCCCAGGCGCCGAGACGGUAGACCCGAGGCGCUUCCUCAAGGAGCGACAGCACGCGGUCCCGGCAUCUGCCAACCGCACCUUCGGCGGCGGGAACUCGUUGUGUCCGGGGAGGCACUUGGCGAUGGACGAAAUCAUGAGCACUCUAAUCAUCAUAAUACUGAAAUACGAUAUCGAACCUGUCGGGACGGCGUGGAGGAUUCCUGAGGCGAAACAUCAUCUUUCUACUAGCAUUUUGACGCCGGUAAGCGAUAUCUCUGUGCGGAUACGGCUGAGAGAAGAGGUGCGCAAUGUUGAGUUCAGCUUCGCCUGGUAGCCGGAGAAGGGACUAGGUAGAAGUUGAGGAUCUGAGUUUAUCGGGUGGUGAAACUUUAGGUAGGUAGGUACCUUACCUUAGGUUAGGUACCAAGUAAGGUAAAUGUACCUAUAACACCUGGGCAUGUAGCAAUGAUAAUGAGGUUCUUCCAUCACAGCUUUCAGGCGUGUUUGGAGAUUACACGUACGAAGUAGUUAUUCAGUGUACAACAUAUCUUGCCUGGACUUAUAAAACAAUUCUCCCUUGAAAGUAUUUAACCGGAUCGCAACGCGUUGUUAUGUGAUGGCUUUGAUCACGGAGAACGCGAGAAAAGUUGUUGAAAUGGAAUCGGAAUCGGACUGAUGUAUCUGCGUAUUAAGCUUAUACGUAAACUUAUAAGAGGUAACUAGGUACCUUAUUUAAACAUAACAUGCCUAUAAUGAUGUCUCUUAUCAAUUGAGGUCCAG